AUGGAGCCAAUUGGCAUCAGAUUCUCAAAUACUAGCAUCCAAACAACAUGCAUCUCUGGCAAUCCUGAAUAUGGAAAAUGGUUCCAGGGAGACAUUGUGUUAACGAAAAACCAAAAACGUCAUUUAAGACAUUCGUUAGGAAAUGGAUUAAUUGAUUCACGAUCACGGUGGCCUAAGAAUACUCUCAUUUAUGAUAUUGGUAGAGAAUUGAGAGGCCAAGAAAAGUUAAUCCAAGAUGCAAUGUCGGAGAUAUCGAAGGGGUCGUGUAUUAAAUUCAAAAAGCGUACCAAUGAAAAACACUAUGUCCAUUUUCAGGCAACCGAGGAGGGCUGUUAUUCUUUGGUAGGAUAUACACGCCAAAAACAACCAUUGAAUUUGGGACGGGGUUGCGAAUAUCACGGGACUGCUGUUCACGAAAUAAUGCAUGCUCUUGGGUUCUUACACAUGCAAAGUUCAUUUGAUCGGGAUAAAUAUAUUAAGAUCUUAUGGGAAAACAUUUCAAAAGAAAUGCAUAAUCAAUUUCAAAAGUAUGGAGACGACGUAAUAUCACACAUGGGUGGCAAAUAUGAUUAUGCUAGCAUAAUGCAUUAUGGAUCAGAUGCAUUCUCGAAAAAUGGCAAAAUGACUAUAAAAGCUAAAGAUCCAAGCAAGCAAAAACUUAUUGGUAAUCGCAAGGGCAUGACUAAAGAAGACAUGAAGAAACUCAACCACAUGUAUAAAUGUCACAAGUUCGGCUAUGGUAAGAAGGGCGUGAAAUACUGUUCGAGAGAUCCAACUUUGCCAGGAUGUCAAAGUUCUUUAAUUUGAGACUACAGCCAUAAAUGAAGUUUAAUUUUGGUGCAAAUUCUAAUAAAGUGAAGCGGAGAAAACGAUUUUAUGAAUAAAAAAAGCAAUUCGAUUAUUUCCAUCGCAACUAAAUAACUUUAUUCGAACUCAAAUCACAGGUUCUUUUAUUCUACACCAACUCGCCUCACUGAUAAUCAGUAAGAAUUAAAUAGUAUGAUUUUAUCUGUUUCCAUUCAUUCGGAUUGCAUACAAAUUAUAUCUGACACUAAGUCUUGCUAUUCCACCAAAAGCAAUUAAUUUUUUGGUGGUGAAACGUU